UUAUUUUCAUACAGGAACGUUUAUAAAGAUGUUACUUUUUUGCAGACUGCAAACCAAACAGUUCUGAAUGGCUGAUCAUUGUGGGAACUGUAUUUCUCUAUUUUACGUCUCUCGCAGAAGCCCUGGGUUGGAAUAAUACAGCGAACUACAUUACCCAUACUUCUCUGCUGUUGUGUGAGCCGUAGAGGAGGAGCGUGCCGGGUGUGCAGGCUGUUACCGAUGGGAAGAUGGUGGAAGCUGGAGCCGCAACGUGCACGAUCCUCCGUCCUAAACAUUUCCAGAAACAUUUACCAUCACAACCUGGCAUUAGAUAUCGGUUACCUGGGGACAACCAUAGAUAAUAAAUACUAAAACUAAGACGGAAUUCUAAGUAUUUUGAUUUCGGUGUGAGGCGCACCUUGCGUUGGUGGUGCCUAAAGCGUGGGGCCAAACUGCACAGAUCGCAGUAUUUUGAUACUCUGGGAAGGAUUUCUCGGCUGGGAUUAUUGAUAAACCGUUGACUGACUACAGCCUCUUGUUCUCUAUAAUCUGUCUCCUUUGGGCUUCGGUGUUUUGGAGCGGCUGUCAGAAUGCCACGAAGCAAAAAGGGGAAACGCGGUGGGAACAGUUCAAGUAAGGGCUCACUUCGACAGGAAGUGCUUCAGCUGCAGUUGUCAAAGACUGCCCUGUCACGUGCAGGGAGAAAUGGGGCGAGAGGCGAGUCUGGUGUGAGUGAUGAUGAUUUAGCGUCGGAUGUUCUCAGUCACUACAGCAGCGCCAGUGAGAGCGCGUCAGUCAUAGAGGAGGGCACAGGUGAGGUGGUAGAUGAACAAACUGCUCAGGAAGAAACAGAAGACAAACUGAAGCAAUGCAUCGACAAUCUGAUGGAAAAAAGUGCUAAGACCCGUCUGGCUGCACUAGAAAGUCUGCGCUUGGGGUUUUCUUCCAGAGUCCUGUAUGAGUUCCUGUUAGAGAGACGUUUCACCAUCAGUGACUGUCUGGAAAGGAGCUUGAGGAAAGGUGGAGGAGAGGAGCAGGCCGCUGCUGCUACAGUGUGCGCUCUCUUGUGCAUGCAGCUCGGGGGCGGAGUUGAAGGUGAGGAGGGCUUCAAGAUGCUCCGCCCCAUCCUCAGCUCCAUCUUGAUUGACAGUUGUGCCAGCCUGUCAGCUCGACAGAGUUGCGCUCGAGCUCUGGGUAUGUGCUGCUACGUGUCUGCCUCAGAUGAUGCAGAGGACCUGCUAAAAUCUCUUGGUCAUUUGGAGAGUGUGUUUAUGGGUGCAUAUCCCCUGGGUGAUGGCACUCUGCCCUCUGUCAAAGCCGGGACCCCUGCACUCCACAGCGCCGCCCUGCAGUCGUGGGCUCUGCUCUGCACCCUCUGCACUGCGUCACGCAUUAACACCAUUCUCAACCACCACUUGCCACAUCUACAUGCGUGUUUAGAAAGCAGUGAGGUGAACUUCAGGAUUGCUGUGGGGGAGACCAUUGCUCUGCUGUAUGAACUGGGACGGGACAUCGAUCAGGAGUUUGAGUAUGAGGACUGCAAUGCAUUGUGUGACAGUCUAAAGAGCCUAGCAACUGAUGGAAAUAAACAUCGUGCUAAAAAUGACCGCAGGAAACAGCGCUCAAUCUUCAGAGAGGUGCUGCACUACAUUGAGAAUGAAGAUUUCACAGAGGAGAAGAUCCAGUUUGGGAUUGAGGUCAUCUACAUUGAUGGCUGGAUGCGCCGCAAGAUUUAUGAUGCCUUUAAGGAAGUGCUCGAGUCUGGAGUCAGACACCACCUACAGUUUAAUCCUUUAUUAAGGGAUAUUUUUGGACUCGGACCUCCUCUCAUCCUGGAUGCGUCUGUCAAAGCCAGCAGGAUCUCCCGCACAGAGAGGCAUCUGUUUAACUCUGCUGCAUUCAAAGCUCGGACUAAAUUAAGGAACAAAGUGAGGGACAAACGUGCCGACGUGAUGUGAGGAUGAAGGCGACAAAGAGAGAAACACUACAUCCUUAAAAUCCCCUCGGCUCACUUGAAAUUAUAGUUUGACAUACUGCCAAGCCAGAGACUUGACAAUGGACAUGCGUGACUGUCUGAGUGUGAAAGGCUGGGUGUGUGCACGUGUGUAUGUGGUGUUGUGUUUUUAUUUAACAUCACAGUGUGAAAGCUAGGAAUCCUACAAUUAAACAAACAUGAAAUAUUGUAUCUUUAUAACAACCUCUUGUAAGGCUGUAUUCAGCUUUUCUGUUGAAACCUGUUUUACCUCCUCAAGUGUUUUUGGGACAAAAGAGAAUUUUUAUCAUUGAAACAUGAACUUUUUACAGCUCUGCUACAAACAAAGAGGCCAAGAAACGUAAUUUUUUUUUUAGUUUUUCUAUAUCCAUUUAUAUAAAUGGAUUAUGCAUUCUGAUGAUGCAAACAAAUGAAAAUUCAUCUUUGACUGCAGGUUGCCAGAGUUAGUGUAGACUGUUUUGUUAAACCUCUCUCACUGCCACUAAAUAAACCAUAUUUCACAUCUUAAUUCUACUCAUCUUCUGAAAAGGGGUUUCAGAAGAUGAGUAGAAUUAAGAUGUGAAACGUUGUUGUUUUUUAUUUUUAUUUUUUAUUUUUUUGGGUCAGUGUGAUGAAGUCAAAUAAGGUUCUUGCAUCAUUGUACCCUCACCACAAGCUCAUGUCUGCCCAUUUAGAUCAUGCUUUCAACAUUUCUUUUGAAUUUCUUUCUAAAUAUCAAAAACCAGCAUGUCAUAAGUUUUCUUUGACGCAAAAGUACUGUAUGCAGCAGCAGGAUUUUGGAAGAGAAAACACAAAAUAAAUUAUGUAAUUAUCCUUAACAGUGUUG